AUUUGUAUCAGUUACUUGGACCAAUAUCCAGCAGAUUAUCCACGUCAGGUUCCGGCCAAAUCCAACUGUGGCAGUUCCUGCUGGAGCUGCUCUCCGAUUCGGCCAACGCGGGCUGUAUCACGUGGGAGGGCACCAAUGGCGAGUUCAAGCUGGUGGACCCCGAUGAGGUGGCUCGGAGAUGGGGCGAGCGUAAAUCGAAACCAAACAUGAACUACGACAAACUGAGCCGGGCCUUGAGAUAUUACUACGACAAGAACAUUAUGACCAAAGUCCACGGAAAACGUUACGCCUACAAGUUUGACUUCGCUGGGCUUGACCAGCUUCUACAUUCUGCAAGCACGGAUUCGGCUUUCAAGUUCCAUCAGGACGUGUUUGGUUUCCAGGGUUAUGCUGCCCACAAGUACUUCCGGCAACCCUCACAUCCAAUGGCAACUCCCACUGUUGCCGGCUUCUUCCCCUCUCCUGGCUGCUACUGGUCUAGCCACGGCAACGGCUUCUUGAGCGGGAUCGGCACUCACGUCAUGGCUUCUCAUCAUUCUGCUCAUCUUACACCAAUAGGUUACCCCUAUUCAUAG